AUGGACUCUUUCUACGAUGCCCCUAGAAGGUCUCCGGCUCCUGUUGCCGCCAAAAAGAUUAAUCCUGCAUCUAUGGUUCCUGAGGUAUCUUUGUUAUUUGGAGCAAAACAAGCAGCUCAUAAUUUGAAUUCCAAGUCGCCUUAUAUGUCUUGGAAAAUGAAAAACAUGCAACAACCUUCUUACAACUAUAAUCCCACAAAUAAGGAAAAUUUUUCAAACAGUUCACAAAAUACCUCUCAUAUGUUUAAAAAACAAGUUCGGUUUGAGAGUCCAGUCUUACAGCAAAGACCUUCAUUGACUUAUGAACCAUUUUUGCCCAAAAAUGACCCUGGUAAUGUUUUAAACUCAUUGCCAAAUGGUAACAAUAAUGUAAAUAACAUUGGGGAAAAAAACUUAAUGGGAACAGUAAAUGGCCAGACUUUUGAUCAAAUUUAUAUGGCCAAUGUACCUAAUAGACAUUUAGAUUUAAGUAUUGUUGAACCCAUGAGACCAAGGCCUAAAUUAAAUAUUAAUAACAAGCAGAGACUCGAUAAUAAUUAUAAUAAUGAAAAGGUAGAGGAAAAAGUUGCACCUAAAAGUUACAGGGAAUAUAUGGAAUGUCAGAAAAAAACAGCAGAGACAGAUAAUGAGGGAAGUGAGAUUAUCACUGAUAUUUAUAGUUACAUGACAAAUAAGAAUAACACCCCUAAAAAACUUAGCAAUGAUAGUUUGUUUGGUACUAAAACACCUGUAAGAAAAUCUGGGAAUACACCACAUUCAAAAAAACCAGGAUUUAAUUCUAAUUCACCAGCAUGUCAAAAUAAGCCUAUGUGCGAAAAUAUGAGUAAAAAAAGUUGUAAUAAGCUUAUUAAUCAAAUCAAUAAUCCAGAAGAAGUUAGGUAUCAACCAGUUUUUAAUAAUUUGUUUGAAAAUCAAAGUAAGGAAUAUUUGUUGCCUUCAAGAAUUGAAAAUGCUGAAAACCAGAACAUUUUUAUGAACCAUCAAUCUUCUGAAACAAGAAGACAAAGUGACAUAGAGAGUUCUGCCUCUCCACAACUAUGCAGAGAAAAGUAUGAUAGUGAAACACAAACCAAUAAUCACUCAAGGGAAUUACAAGAACAUAAACCUGAUGAACCCACCCUUAAAGAUCUAUUAAAAAUAAUAUCCCAACAAAAUGAACAAAUGUUGCUGCUACAAAAGCAAGUGGCAUCCUUGAUGCAAAGAGAUCACCAUCAAAAACAAUUGGAACCCCCUCCAAGACAAGAAAUCCAGAAUGACUAUAUUACAAGCACACAGCAUGAAAACUUUGCAUCUGGCAUUCACAACACCCCUAAAAAAAGGCUGCCCAAAUUCUCUAUAGACUUGAUGACUAGUUUUGAGGUGUCCUUCCGGCCACCUAAUAAAAAUAACUUUGUCAACCAUGAACCCAGAAUACAAGAAAUCACAGAAACAGAGAGUGCAAUUGCUCAAGAGGAAGACAAAAAAUGUGUAGAUUCCUCCAUGCAUUUGGAUGGGGUUAAUGUUAGAGAGAGCUGUCCAAGUCCAGAGCCCACUGUUAAAAUUAAUGAGUUUGAGGAUUACGAAAGUUCAGAUGAAGAUGAAUCUGUUGCCUCUGAAAUUGGUGUUACAUUCUAUAAAAAUCUAAUGGGACAAGUUAACGACAUUUUAAAAAGGGCGCAGAUCCAAACAAAGCAAGAAUUUGCUGGUAGGCAAGAUGUGUCGGAGAAAACGAAAACAAAAACAAUGAAUAAAGUCAAAGAAGCAACUUUAAAACAUUUAAAAAGCAUUGGCGUUUCACUAUCACCGCAAGCGGAAGAAUCGGUUAAUUCUACUGGUUCAGAUGAUAGUAAGAACUAUAGCCCAAAAGAAGUAAGUUUUGCUGUUAAACAGCUUUUAAUGAAAUAUCUUCCAGAUGAACAUUUAGCAAAAAUAUCUCACAAACCAAAUGAGAAACCCAUCAGUAAUGCUGCAGGACCAACUUUAAAUUCUGAUAGGCCAGAAUUUUCUAUUGCUUCAUUGCAAUAUAUGAAAAAAUACAAUUUAAUUGAAGAUAAAGAUAAAAAUUUCCCAGGCAAUAAACCCAAAGUACUUACUAGACUGCAGGAUGCCAAUCCCAAACUGUUGGACAUAUCAAAGUUGAAGCAACAACCAAAAUUAUUAUAG